CCAACCCCUUUGCAAAUGCACGAUCACACCGCAUAGCCCACACUGCAUACACAUCACAGGAGGGAGAAACUCACCCGGGUCCUGACCCAGCAGACCCAGUUUCCUCUCAGUUGCUGCGUCCUCCACCUGCUCCUUCACCAGCUUCCAGUCACCUCUGUGCAAGAGACAUGGGGGCCAAAAGACCUUGGAUCCAGUUCCAGAAACUCCUAAACUCCUGGCUGGUUAGAAAGCAAGACAGGGACCUGCAACUGGAUGAGGCCUACCUGCUGCAGCAGAAGAGGAUAUCAGAGUUUCCACUGCUUCGGGCAGCCAAGGAAAACGACCUGUGCACCCUUAAGAGACUUCUGCUGGACCAACACUGUGACUUUCGACAAAGAGGAGCGCUGGGGGAGACGGCGCUGCACGUGGCAGCCCUCUAUGACAACCUGGAGGCUGCUACGCUGCUGAUGGAGGCUGCCCCUGACUUGGUCACGGAGCCCUCUCUGUGUGAGCCGCUUGUAGGUCAGACUGCACUGCACAUCGCUGUCAUGAACCAGAACGUGAACCUGGUGCGUGCACUCCUCUCCCACGGGGCCAGCGUCUCUGCCAGGGCUACGGGUCUGGCUUUCCAGCUCAGCCCCCACAACUUCAUCUACUAUGGGGAGCACCCUCUGUCCUUUGCAGCCUGCGUGGGCAGUGAGGAGAUCGUGAGACUGCUCAUAGAACACGGAGCCAACAUCCGGGCCCAGGACUCACUGGGGAACACAGUGCUGCACAUCCUCAUCCUGCAGCCCAACAAAACCUUCGCCUGCCAGAUGUACAACCUGCUGCUGUCCUAUGAUGGAGGGGACCACCUGCAGUCCCUGGAGCUCGUGCCCAACCACCAGGGCCUCACGCCCUUCAAGCUGGCUGGAGUGGAGGGCAACACUGUGAUGUUCCAACACCUGAUGCAGAAGCGGAAGCGCAUUCAGUGGUCGUGUGGGCCACUGACAUCUACGCUCUAUGACCUCACGGAGAUCGACUCAUGGGGAGAGGAGCUGUCCUUCCUAGAGCUCGUGGUCUCUUCUAAGAAGCGGAAGGCUCGCCAGAUCUUAGAACAGACCCCAGUGAAGGAGCUGGUAACCCUGAAGUGGAGGAAAUAUGGGCGGCCCUACUUCUGCAUCCUGGGUGUCUUGUACAUUCUCUACAUGGUCUGCUUUACCACCUGCUGUGUCUGCCGUCCCCUCAAGCUCCGGUGUGACAACCGCACACAUUCUCGAGACAAUGCCAUCCUCCAGCAGAAACUACUAGAGGAGGCCUAUGUGACUUACCAGGAUUAUAUCCGGCUGGCAGGGGAGUUGGUGUCUGUCGCUGGGGCUGUGAUCAUCCUGUUCACAGAGAUCCCAGACAUUUUCAGAGUCGGUGCAUCUCGAUACUUUGGACAGACGGUCCUCGGGGGCCCAUUCCAUGUCAUCAUCAUCAGCUAUGCCUCCCUUGUGCUUGUGGCCAUGGCGAUGCGUCUCACCAGUGUGAAUGGGGAGGUGGUGCCCCUGUCCUUGGCACUAGUGCUGGGUUGGUGCAGUGUCAUGUACUUCGCUCGAGGAUUCCAAAUGCUGGGUCCCUUCACCAUCAUGAUUCAGAAGAUGAUUUUUGGGGACCUGUUGCGUUUCUGCUGGCUGAUGGCCAUGGUCAUCCUGGGAUUUGCCUCAGCAUUCUUUAUCAUCUUCCAGACAGAGGACCCGUCGAGUCUGGGAGAGUUCUCUGACUACCCUACAGCACUGUUCAGCACCUUUGAGCUCUUCCUCACCAUCAUCGAUGGCCCCGCCAACUAUGAUGUGGACCUGCCCUUCAUGUACAGCGUCACCUACGCCUCCUUCGCCAUCAUUGCCACGCUACUCAUGCUCAACCUGUUCAUCGCCAUGAUGGGCGACACCCACUGGCGAGUGGCCCAGGAGCGAGAUGAGCUCUGGAGGGCCCAGGUUGUGGCCACCACUGUGCUGCUGGAAAGGAAAAUGCCCCGUUUCCUGUGGCCCCGCUCAGGGAUCUGCGGGUACGACUACGGCCUGGGGGAUCGAUGGUUCCUGCGGGUUGAGAACCAUCAGGACCAGAAUCCUUUGCGAGUGCUUCGCUAUGUGGAAGCUUUCAAAAGCUCAGACAAGGAGGAGGAGGAGGAGGAGGAGGAAGAGGAGGAGCAAGAGCAGUUCUCUGAGAAACAGCUCUCUGGGAAUGAAAGUGGGACCCUGGCCAGAGCCUCCCUGUCCCUCCAGGGCCCCUCCCUGUCCAGGCACACGUCUCAAAGCAGCAGCAGUCACAGGGGCUGGGAGAUUCUUCGUCGGAACACACUGGGACACUUGAAUCUUGGACUGGACAUUGGUGAGGGAGAUGGAGAGGAGGUAUAUAGUUUCUGAUCAGAAUUCCUGUGAUUGGUGACCUGCGAGGGGAUGGAGAAGGAGAUGUCUACUUACGCAAUUACCUAACUUUGAUGCCUGGCAAUCUUCCAGUGGUCUGAGUAGAGUAAUUCCUAGAAGGCCUUAUCUCACCAGCAUCUCUGGAGAUGCGAAAUGCUCACGAAUUGCAGCCUGUACCUUGCAGGUUGGUGAAAAUCUCAUACUUUAAGAAAAGCAAGUAUCUUUUUGAACAAACUUGAAUCCAGCUAUUAAACCCAUGAGGAAAGGAAGAUGGAUUGAUACUUGAACAACUCUUUUCUGCCCCAGGCAGGCAGCAGAAGGUAGCAAGCUGUUGGCUCUGUCUGGUUCUCAUGGUCUUAAUGUGGGAAGGACUGAGCACUGUCUAGAGGGUGCAGCCUUUCUUACUUCCCAAAACCCAUUUGGACUCUGUCCACACCCGGCAACCAAACAACUAGAAAAUUGCAAGAAGAACAGUUCCCUAUCCUUGCUUUCUUUAAAUUUUCUCUUUUGGAGUAAAAUACAUGAAUAAUCUACCCUUAUUCAUCCUCCAUGGGCACAUUUUUUUCAUCAUUACAAACUAAAACUCACACCUAUGAAGCAAUGAUUCCCCGCAGUCUGUCCCUUAAGUCUCUGAUAAUCAACCUUGUUCUCAGAAUCGGGCUUCCUUAUAUAUGCCAUGUAAGUAGAACCGAGCAACCCCAGUGCUGUUGUGUCUAGUUUAUUUGUUUAAAGUUAUUUA